AUGGAAACUAUAUCUGUUGGCAAGGAAUCUGAUGUUUCGUCAGAUGGCAAUGUUGCUUAUGGGGGUUUCAAUGAAGGUACUAACAAACAGAUAAGAGAUCUUGCCAGAGAAUUCACACGGCAGACCUCAGUUGGCGACGGUGUACAGGACUCAGACGAUGCUACCGAUUCAAACGAAGUUGAGAAGUUUGGUGUCGACCAUGCCAGUCCCAAUUCUCCCCCAAAAAGUAAUCAGUAUGACUUGUUGAGGACAUUAACAUCGAUGUCUCAAGUGCCAGGAGUGAACCCGGUCGACCAAACUAUAGAUCCAAGGCUAGACCCCAACAGUGAUGAAUUUGAGUCCAAGUUUUGGGUGAAGAACAUGAGGAAGUUACUUGACAGUGAUCCAGAUUACUAUAGACCAACGUCUCUAGGGUUUGCAGCCAAGAACCUGAUUGCAAAGGGUAUUUCAUCAGACGCCGAUUACCAAGCGAAUUUUCUGAACUACCCGUUCAAGGUUGUUCGAGACACAUACAUGGAUCUGUUCAGAGGGAACGACGAGUCCCGCUAUUUUGAGAUUUUGAAAUCCAUGGACGUUUUAAUCAAGCCGGGCACACUAACUGUUGUUUUGGGUAGGCCGGGUGCAGGGUGUUCGACGUUUUUGAAGACUGUUGCGGCACAAACAUAUGGUUUCAAGGUUGACGACAGUUCGAUCAUCAGUUACGAUGGAUUGACCCCUAAGGAAAUCAACAAAAACUACCGGGGUGAAGUGAUUUUCUCUGCGGAAAUGGAUAACCAUUUCCCACAUUUGAGUGUUGGACAAACGUUGGAGUUUGCAGCGAAGAUGAGAACACCACAGAACAGGUUCCCUGGAGUCAGUAGAAACGAAUAUGCAAAGCACAUGUCAGAAGUGUACAUGGCAACAUAUGGAUUGUCACAUACAGUGAACACGAAGGUCGGUGACAACUUCAUCAGAGGUGUGUCAGGUGGUGAGAGAAAGAGAGUCUCGAUUGCUGAAGCAUCGCUUUGUGGUGCCAACUUGCAAUGCUGGGAUAAUGCGACCAGAGGAUUGGAUGCUGCUACGGCUCUUGAGUUUGUGAGAGCAUUGAAGACAUCAGCACACAUUUUAGAUACCACACCUUUGAUUGCAAUUUACCAAUGCUCACAAGACGCGUACGACUUGUUUGACAAUGUUGUCUUACUUUAUGAAGGUUACCAGAUCUACUUUGGACCAGGUGAUCGAGCAAAGGACUUCUUUGAAAGGAUGGGCUAUGAAUGCCCAGACCGUCAGACCACGGCGGACUUCCUAACGUCGAUCACAUCUCCAGCGGAGAGAGUAGCCAAGAAAGGAUGGGAAAACAAGGUACCACAGACACCAAAGGAAUUUAGCGAUUACUGGAGAGCAUCUGCAGAGUACAAGGAGUUGGUUGCAGAUAUUGAUGAGUACUUGUCACACUGCCACAACAAUAAUACACGUGAAGAGUUUGCGGAAGCACAUGCCAUCAAGCAGGCUAACCAUGCAAGACCAUCAUCGUCGUUCCGGGUUUCUUAUUGGAUGCAGAUCAAGUUGAUUGCCCAGAGAAAUAUAUGGAGAACAAAGGGAGAUCCGUCGAUCAUGAUGUUUUCUGUUAUUGCUAACAUCAUCAUGGGGUUGAUUAUUUCAUCAUUGUUCUAUAAUCUUUCAGCAACAACAGGGACGUUCUACUAUCGGUCUGCAGCGAUGUUUUUUGCUGUUUUGUUCAAUGCGUUUUCUUCGUUACUAGAAAUUAUGUCAUUAUUUGAAUCGAGACCAAUUGUUGAGAAGCAUAAAAUGUUUGCCCUAUACCAUCCAUCAGCGGAUGCAUUUGCUUCCAUCUUUACAGAACUCGUGCCUAAAAUUUUAACUUCAAUUGGGUUUAACUUGAUUUAUUAUUUUAUGGUGAACUUCAGAAGAAAUCCAGGUCGAUUCUUUUUUUACUUUUUGAUGAACUUCAUGGCGACUUUAGUGAUGUCACACAUUUUCCGUUCAAUCGGUGCUUGUUUCAAGACGUUAUCGGAAUCGAUGCCUCCUGCCACAGUGUUCUUGACAGCCAUGGUUAUUUACACUGGAUUUGCUUUGCCAACGCCAAGUAUGCACGGAUGGUCAAGAUGGAUCAACUACCUUGAUCCAGUUGCUUACGUGUUUGAGGCGCUUAUGGCGAACGAGUUUGAUGGUCGUCGUUUUGAAUGCUCACAGUUCAUUCCGUCGUACCCGAAUGCUGAUCUGGCCAACCAAGUUUGUAGUGUUGUUGCAUCGGUUCCAGGGUUUUCAUAUGUUAAUGGUACAGAUUAUAUCUAUGAAUCAUACAGAUACAAGAUCACACAUAAGUGGAGAAAUUUUGGUAUUGUUGUUGGAUUCAUCAUAUUCUUCUUGUUUGUUUACGUCGCAUUAGUGGAAUUGAACAAGGGUGCAAUGCAGAAGGGAGAAAUCAUUUUGUUCCAGCAAUCCAAGCUACGUGAGAUGAGGAAGGAAAAGAAGUCCAAACAGAUCAGCGAUAUUGAAGGUGGAUCCGAAAAGCCAGCUGGUGUGUAUGAUCAUGGAAACGAGGAUAGCGAGGACGGCGUGAACAACUUGACGGUUGGCAGUGACAUUUUCCACUGGAGAGAUGUUUGUUACGAAGUGCAGAUCAAGGACGAGACCAGACGUAUCUUGAACCAUGUUGACGGAUGGGUCAAGCCAGGCACGUUGACAGCGUUGAUGGGAGCUUCGGGAGCGGGAAAGACGACGUUGUUGGACGUUCUGGCAAACCGGGUGACCAUGGGUGUUGUGUCGGGAUCGAUGUUUGUGAACGGUAGAUUGAGGGACCAGUCAUUCCAAAGAUCAACAGGGUAUGUUCAGCAACAGGAUUUACACUUACAGACAUCGACCGUAAGAGAAGCGUUGAGGUUUUCGGCGUACUUGAGACAAUCAAGGACGAUUUCCAAGAAGGAGAAGGAUGAGUAUGUUGAGAGUAUCAUUGACAUUUUGGAGAUGCGCUCGUAUGCAGAUGCUGUUGUUGGAGUUGCAGGUGAAGGUUUGAACGUCGAGCAGCGUAAGAGGUUGACGAUUGGUGUUGAGCUUGCAGCCAAGCCUAAGUUGUUAUUGUUUUUGGACGAGCCUACAUCGGGAUUAGACUCACAAACCGCAUGGUCGGUGUGUCAGUUGAUGAGAAAGCUUGCGGACCAUGGCCAGGCUAUUUUGUGUACGAUCCAUCAGCCAUCAGCGCUUUUAUUGAAGGAGUUUGACAGAUUGUUGUUCCUAGCGAAGGGAGGUCGUACGGUGUACUUUGGAGAUCUUGGAGAAAACUGCCAGACGUUAAUCAACUACUUUGAAUCGCACGGAGCACACCCAUGUCCAGCAGAGGCCAAUCCGGCGGAGUGGAUGUUGGAGGUCAUUGGAGCUGCACCGGGCUCACAUGCGAACCAGGACUACCACGAGGUUUGGAUGUCGUCUGAUGAGAGACGUGCAGUCCAAGAGGAGUUACACAGGAUGGAAACCGAGCUACUGCAAAUACCAGUUGAUGAUUCAGCGGAAGCCAAGAGAAGUUUUGCAUCUUCCUAUCUAAUUCAAUAUAUCUGUGUUACCAAAAGAGUAAUUGAACAAUAUUAUCGUACUCCACAAUAUGUUUGGUCGAAAGUUUUCCUUGCAGUUACAAAUUCACUUUUUAACGGUUUCUCGUUUUACAGAGCUGGUACUUCGUUACAAGGGUUGCAAAACCAGAUGUUGUCUAUUUUCAUGCUUUCGGUCAUGUUGAACACAUUGGUUCAACAAAUGCUACCACUAUACAUCACGCAACGGUCGAUAUACGAGGUGAGAGAAAGACCAUCGAAGACGUUCUCAUGGUGGGUGUUUCUUGCAGCACAAGUGACAGCCGAGUUCCCAUGGAACCUGAUAUGUGGUACAAUUUCAUACUUCUGCUGGUAUUAUCCUAUCGGUUUGCAAAACAAUGCGUCGGUCACACACACGACUGCAGAGAGAGGCGCUUUGACGUGGCUACUCAUUGUUGGGUUCUUUAACUACGCGUCAUCGCUUGGCUUGAUGUGCAUUGCUGGUGUAGAGCAAGAGCAGAACGGAGCUAACAUCUCGAGUUUAUUGUUCACUAUGUGUUUGAAUUUCUGUGGUAUUUUGAAGUAUCCAACAGGGUUCUGGAAGUUCAUGUACCGUGCGAAUCCCUUCACAUUUUGGAUUGCAUCGGUGCUUGGAGCGGGUGUGGGUGACACACCAUUAGUGUGUUCAUCUAAGGAGAUUGUCUACUUUGCACCACCGAAGGGUGAAACAUGUACUACAUACAUCCAACCAUACAUUGAUGAAGCAGGUGGCUAUUUGGUUGAUAGUGAGCGGGAAGGUUACUGUGGAUUCUGUACUGCGUCCAACACCAAUGCCUACUUGAAGUCGGUGCACGUUGAGUACAGCAAAAGAUGGCAAAACUGGGGUAUUUUUAUCUGUUUUAUUGCGAUCAACAACAUUUUUAUGUUCCUAUUCUACUGGUUGGCGAGAGUUCCAAAGAAAGAUAAUCGUGUUGAAGAUGCAUCUGCAUUGAAGAGUGAUGAGAAGGCACCCCUAGGUCCACAGCAUAGCAUGACAAUGCAGUAA